UUCAAAUCUUAGCCUCUUUUGACUGCGAAUUAUUCUCUUCCUGUUUCCGCACCUCUUUCUUUAAUACUUUCUCGAUCGCCAUGAAGAAUCACUCUGGUCCCCCUCAAGCUAGAAUAUCGUCGUACUUUUCUCAGGUCUCAAGUUCGAGUCCCAAUAAAGGAGGCAAAAAUCGGUUGAGUCCUAUCGAUUUGACUGGCGAGGCGGACAUUUCAGAUAAUGAGCCGCCUCCAAAGAAAAGGAAAAUAACCACUCCUUCUUCUCCUGUCCUCUCUCGGACGUCGGAGUGGCAGUAUUCGCCCCUCAAUACCGAGACCGCGUCUCCAAAACCCUCGACUGAAAGCGAACUUGACGCAAAGAAGAAACGCCACGAAGCAUUCAAGAAGAAGCUGUUGGCGGAUGAUCAUCACUUUAGUCGACGGGCCUCUAGCAUACGUGAACCUGAACAAGAUGAAGAGGUUGAGGAGUUGUCGGGAGGCGAGUCGGACGAUGGGUUCAAGGCAUUGACAAAGAUGUUUUCAGUCAAGGGUCAGAAUGCUAAGAAGGUCUCCGCCAAGAAGCCCUUACGCACAAGGAGUGCACCAAAGGCCGUCGAAGAGAACGGACCAUGCGGACAGCCGUAUACACCUUUGGAAAAGCAAGUUCUACAGCUUAAAAAGGAGAAUCCCGGCACUGUGUUAAUGAUUGAGGUUGGAUACAAGUACAGGUUUUUUGGAGAUGAUGCGAAGGUCGCGAGUAAAGAACUUGGGAUGGUGUCGUUUAUGGAUCGCAACUUUCUUGUGGCCUCUAUUCCCUCUCACAGGCGGGACAUACAUCUUAAAAAGCUACUGUCGCAGGGUUAUCGAGUUGGGAUUGUGCAACAGACGGAAACCGCUGCCUUGAAGAAAGUCGGCGAUAACCGAAAUACACCCUUUGAACGGAAACUGACUGGCCUAUAUACAGCAACUACAUUUGUGGAUGGUCUCGAUUCUGUAGAUGACGUCGACAAAUAUGUUGCUCCACCUUUUAUGUGUAUUGUUGAGGAGAAAAGUGGCCCCCAUGACGGGGAUGUGCAUAUUGGCUUAAUCAGUAUCUGUCCGAGUACAGGAGACGUUAUAUGGGAUGCAUUUGAAGAUGCCCUCAUGCGAUUAGAGCUAGAGACAAGGUUGUCACAUACAAAGCCGGCCGAGUUGUUGUUACAUCAAGGUGGACUGACGAAAGCAACGGAGAAGAUGUUAUCUCACUUCACGACCGUCUCGUCGACCAGUGGUAGCAUUCGUAUUGAGCACUUCCAGGCUUUGAUGGCGUAUACAGAUGCAUUUUCGUACAUUACCGACUUCUACUCCAAGAAGAAACCAGGACCCGUGGUUUCAGAUAAUGUCAGAUCUGGAAAAAUCCUUGCAGAUAUCUCCGACUUGCCCAAGUUGGUGGUGGUCGCUCUUGCGCACUCUAUGAAGUACCUGUCAAAGUUUGGCCUCGCCGACGCCUUUUUGGAGACCAACUUCUUUACAAAAUUCACAACGCAUGCUCACAUGUUGCUGGCUGCCAAUACCCUUCAGAAUCUUGAGAUAUAUAGGAACGAGACAGAUUACACAAAUCGCGGCUCCCUAAUGUGGAUUUUGGAUCGUACGAAGACGAGAUUCGGCGCCCGGUUACUGAGGUACUGGGUAGGCAGGCCCUUGGUUGAUAAGAUCGCUCUACAGCAACGAAUAGAUGCAGUAGAAGAGAUUCUUUCAAGCUCUUCCGAAAAACUCGUCAGCCUCCGUCAGGUUCUUAAGGGACUUCCUGAUCUCGCCAAGGGCCUCUGUAGGAUACACUACGGCCAGUGUACUCCUCAAGAACUGGCAACCCUUAUACGCGCGUUCAAAAAGAUCGCUGACUCUGUAGAGGUCAUAGAGAACCCAUCUGACGUCGGAUUUAAUUCCAUGCUUCUGAACGAUAUCAUAUUUUCGCUUCAACAUGUAAAAGGUCCUGCCGCAGAUAUGUUGAGCAUAGUAAAUCUCAACGAGGCGGCGGAGGGCAAGAAGGCUACUAUGUGGAUUGACCCCGAGCGAUUUCCUGAUGUCUUGGAUCGUGACCUCGCAAUAUUGCAAGUAGAAGCGGAACUGGAAGACGAAUUGAAAGCGAUUCGGAAACUCUUGAAGUUUCCGUCGCUUCAAUGGAGUACGAUUGCAGGAGAAGAAUUUGUUGUGGAAGUAAAGAAAAGCGAUCAUAGACCGAUUCCUGAUGCCUGGAUCCAAAUUUCAAGAACGAAGUAUUUAGAACGUUAUCAGCCUUUAUCCGUAAAACGCAAAGUCGAGGAACGGAACCAAGGACAGGAGAGCUUAAAAGCUGAGGCUCAAAAAGCAUAUCUCUCGUUCCUGGCCGAAAUCAGCCAGAAAUACUAUGGCAUAUUACGAAACGCGGUCACCAAACUUGCCAUUGCUGAUUGUCUACUCAGCUUAGCACAUGUAGCUUUACUCCCAGGGUAUGUGAAGCCAUGUCUUGCUGAUGAAGACAUCCUGGAGAUCGUUGACGGACGUCAUCCGAUGGUUGAGGCCUUGCGAGAUAAUCCGUUCGUUCCGAACACUGUCCUCAUGGGAGGCUCUGAACCUAAGAAUAAAAUUAUCACAGGACCCAAUAUGGGAGGGAAAAGCUCUUCGGUACGUAUGGUGGCCCUUAUUGCCGUUAUGGCCCAGGUCGGUAGCUAUGUUCCUGCCGCGUCUGUCAAAAUCAACCUAUUAGAUUCUGUGCUUACAAGGAUGGGAGCUUCUGACGACCUUGCGAGAGGAAGGUCUACAUUUAUGGUAGAGAUGGCGGAAACCAGUGAAAUUCUGCAUUCAGCGACCGAGAGAAGCCUAGUAAUUCUAGAUGAACUUGGACGGGGAACCUCGACCUUUGAUGGGAUGGCGAUUGCGGACGCUGUUUUGGAGCAUCUGGUGCAAUCUGUUGGGUGCAAGACGCUGUUCAUCACGCACUAUCCUUCGAUAGCACUAGGAUUGGAGAAGAAGUUCCCCAAGCAGAUCCAUAAUUUACAUAUGGGCUACGAAGCUGAAACUCGCAUCAAUGGGUUUCGUGACAUCACAUUCUUGUACCGUCUGACUAAUGGAAUUGCUCCAGGUACGCCUUUGUAUGCCUUUUUGACAUCUCUGAAUUCUUCGCUAAUCUACGCAGAAUCAUUUGGUGUAGAAUGCGGCGCCCUCGCUGGGCUACCAGAAAGCUUGUUGUCUGUCGCCGCCCAACAGUCAUCCCGAAUGAAAAACCAAGUAAUGGAACGCACGAGACGUAAUAAGUACGCCUAAGGAUGUUUUUCUUUUCUUUCGUUCUAACUUGUUUCUCUACUAUAGGACCAAAAAGACUUUGAAGCUGUUACACCUAUGCUUACAGGGUGGAAAGACAGCAGCUAGCUCACUUUUAGCUCUUAGACUGGUAACAGAGGAGUUGGUAGCGGAUCAUUAUUAGCGUUAUAUUGGUGCAAUCUAACAGGAGGA